UCUAGACACAACUGAGACGAAGCAAAGAAAACGAAUUUCUCGGAACUGAUAUAGUUCCGUGGUUCGUGUUUUUAUUACAAGUUGAUAAUUAACUUAUCAAACUGUUUAAUUUAUAGUUUAUUCCCCUUUCCAUCUUACAUUAGACACUUGCCUUAACCCCUAACUUUUUGACAAUCUUAAUGAUUACUGAUAUUUAUUGUUAGAUAUGGCCCAUAAUACUAGUGAUAGUUCUAGUUAUACAUUUUUGGCAGAUUUGGGGGAUCAGCUAACGAAAGAUAAUCUAAAAUCACUUAAAUUUUUAUUGAGGGAUCGUAAAGUACCAGAUGGAGUACGCGAAGGAAUUAAAGAUGCACAAUCUUAUUUUGAAACUCUUAUUGACAGGAACAUAAUAAAUGAAAAUAAUUUGAGCUAUCUUGUUGCAAGUUUUAAAACCAUUAAAAGAAAUGAUCUUGCCAUAAAGGUUGAUGAAUUUGCAAAGAAAAAUGUCAAAUUAGAAGAGAAAAAUGAACCAGAGAACAUUACUUAUGGCAAUGUGACUUCUCCUUUCACAUUGUUGUUGACUGAAUUAGGAGAUGAGCUGAAGGUUGUAGAUCUAAAAAAACUGAAGUUCUUAUUAAAAGGAACUGUACCCGAUGGUUUAAUUGAAGAAAUUAAUGAUUAUACAACUUACUUUUCAACUCUGAAACAUAAAAAUUUAAUACAUGAAAAAGAUUUAACCUAUCUUAGUUUAUGGUUUCGUUCCAUUGGAAGAAUUGAUCUUGAAAAAAGGGUUCAUGACUUUGUUAAGAAAAGUUCUAAAUCAAUAGAAGCAGAUAAUCGCAUUUCUUCUUACAUUUUUAAUCAGAAUUUGUGUGGAACUUGUCUUAUAAUAAACAAUUCCUUUUCUAACAAUCUUAUAACAAAAGAUGGUAUAGAGUUGAAUAAACGGAAUGGUACAGAUAAGGAUGUUGAGGAGCUAAAGAAAACAUUUUCAUGGUUGAAUUUUGAGAUUGUCCUACAUGAAGAUGUUGAUGCAAAAAGUAUGCUCAAUAUAAUUAGGUCACAAGGGAAAGCUAUUGAUUGUUUUAUCUGUUGUAUAUUGUCACAUGGUUAUAAAGAUGGAGUGUAUUGUAGUGAUGGAGAAAAAGUUUCGUUUGAGGAAAUGAAAACUUCUAUAAAUGGGAAGUUUUGUGAUUUGUUAAUUGGAAAACCAAAACUGUUUUUCAUUCAAGCUUGCCAAGAUAAUGAAAGCAUUGAUGAAAAUAUUGCUGAUGAAUUGGAUAAAAAAAUGACUCUACAAAUCUCAAUACAAGAAGAAAAUGAUAUAUAUAAAGAAAAAGUAACACCAAGCGUUAAAGAUGCAGCUCUUAAUCAGUGUGAGAUAGAAAAAUUAGUAAUAAAAAAUGUUAGAGAUGCAGCUACUAAUCAGUGUCAGAUGGGAAAAAAUAGGAAACAAUUACAUGAAGAUGCAGACUUUUGCUUUUUUAUAUCUGCAACUCCAGGUUCACCUUCAUGCCGUAAUACUGAUACAGGUUCAUGGUACAUUCAAACCCUUUGCCAAAUACUUAAAAAACACUCCGAGAAUAAGUCGCUGACAGAUAUGUUAGUAAAGGUCAACAAAAAGAUUUCUAAAAAACAAGAAUUGUUUCAAGAUGGCGAGCUUGCAAUACAAGUCUCAAAUAUUCGAAUUUUAAGUUUAAGAUGGCCGUUAUAUUUCAAGCCAAAAGGAACGUAUAUCGAAUAAGGUUUUAGUACUGUGUAUAAAGUCAUUAUCAGGUAGGAGAUCAUCGUCUCACUAAAAAAUACAUUUACUAAUAAUACAAAAAUACAUUAAUUAUUAGUUCAA